GGUGUGAUGGAUGAAUUGAUCAAUGAAAAACUAGAGAUGUUCAAUACACGCUGGGAUGAAGUACAACAGGAGGCUGUAAGGAGACAAAAGGUUCUUGAACAAAGUAUUCAGUCUGCCCAGGAGACUGACAAAGCUAUUCGCCUAAUUCAGGAAUCCCUUGGCACCAUAGACAGACAAUUGACGGCCUAUAUUUCUGACAGAAUUGAUGCAGGCCACGUUCCCCAAGAAGCACAGAAAAUACAGUCAGAGUUAUUAAGCCAUGAGAUUAGUUUGGAUGAGAUGAAAAAAAGAAUCCAAGGAAAG